AGAAGACCCACAGCAGCAGUAUCACCCCUGAGACAGGCUUCACUGAACAGGGAUGCCCAGAUGCACCAAUGAAAUAACUAGGACAAGGAGGGGGCUGGAGGACUCAGCACCAGCCACUCCCCAUGACACUCUGGAGGUGCGUCAGCUCACCGCACUGGACACUGCAGAUCAAGCUCUGUUAUCCUGCCCCUCAGCCAUAGUCCUUCCUGGUGCAUCCCCUGGCGUGCAGCCCAAAACUCUGUAGGGGAUGCAGUGAUGGGCACCCCUGCUGUACUGGAGCUCUGACAUUCAGUGGCCACAGGGCAUCAGAGGGCAAGAACACGAGCUGCCUGCCUCCCAAGGAAAUGGCACAGCCUUCACAGCUGCUGUGGCUUUGACCACCCCGGCCAGGGAGCUGGUGCCAUCUGUGUGAUCAUCGCAGCACCCAGCCUAGAGCCCCUCAGGCACCCACUAUGCCCGAGCUGGAGCAGCUCAGUGUGGCCAGGCCCCCUGCAGAAGUUGGCCGUAUUCAGAGGAACAUCCUUGAGGAGCAUGUCGAGCUGUGGUGGUUCAAGGACUCUAAGAAAUCCAUCUUGUGCUAUGGGGUGGCCGUGGUGCUAAUUCUGGCCUGCGGGACAGGGGGCAUCGUCCUCCUCUAUAGCACCAGCAGCCGGUCUGGGGAGUGGCGGCUGGCUGUGGGCACCACGCUCUGCCUCCUGGCCUUGCUGGUGCUCCUGAAGCAGCUGCUGAGCUCUGCUAUCCAGGACAUGAACUGCAUCCGGAGCCGGAACCAGAUUGAACUGCUGAAGAGUGGUGGCUUUUCAGACUGUGUGGUGCUGCUGCUCAGUGCCCUGGUGCUGCUGGUGUGUGGUGUGGUCCUCACUGUCCUCUCCACCACGACCAUGCAGCUCAGCGCCUCACGGCCUCUGGCCAGCAUGUUCACCAGUGGAGUCAUCCUCAUGACUGCUGGCGCUGCCAUUCUGCUCUGCCUGCUGCUCUACGUGCUCAGCAUCUCAUGCUGCCCAGUUGCUCCCAGGAGCCUGGACACAGGUGACAUUAGCAUCUUCACCAUCUCCAGCCGGCUCUCUGUGAACCGCCGGCUCGCCACCACCUCCAGCAUGGCCAACCUGAUAUAA